AUGGAUGAAUAUUCGGAGAGUGCUCUUCUAUAUGGGCACGUAGGAAGAGCAACAUACCUCACCGAGACUCAAUCGUGGGUUUUUUCACGCUCAUUUGAUCAGAGAAUCCCAAUAUCUUAUACGGGAGUUACCAAAACGACAAUUGUUCCACCGAAGCGUGACUCGCAACCUUUGAAUCGAUCGAAACCUAUUCGAACAGCUGGUCCGCAGCUCCUUCCACACGUUCUUCCCGAGCUUGCGCCUCAAUGGUCCUGCUACAGAGAUGACACCUUUUCUAGGAUAGUGCAGGACGUAAGCAGUAUCUGUGACCCCCAGAUAGGCACCCUGCUGGAUCUUGGAUACGCAUCAUAUCACGGCGUGGACGACACCAGGGGCCGUUAUCCUGUCGCCAUCGCCGCCGCCGUGACCGGUGAAUGCGGGAAUACAAUUUCAUUCCACGUCGUGACGGACGAGGUGAGCGAGCUCCCAAUUGAAGAUGCAGCCCACCGCGUGCCGAGUAUAGGGCAGGCUGAAAUCACGGAAUGGUCAAAACGAGGAGCGCCUAUCCAGCACAUUGGCUUUGCGAAGCCGCUAGAAGAAAAGAGUACGUGGAUGGCUGCACGGCUUCAACAGGGGACAACCAUUUUCAGACCAUUAUAUCGCCGCGUGCCAGUACCGAUGUACGUGCCAGAUGAUGACACUGCAUUUUCUGCGCCGCUUCGCAACUCCCGGCUCGAUGCGAAUCCAAUCAUCGAGAUUGAUCAAUCACAAACGGGCGGGUUCCCGCAUGCAGACGUGACUUUCAAUCCUUGGUAUCCAAGGCAGUUUGCCAUUGUGGACACCCGAGGCAAUUGGAGCAUAUGGGAGAUAUCCGGCCGGCAGCGGCGACGAAGAGCCACUUGGGCGGUCGCUUGUACGAAACACGGUGCGUUACCGCAAAUGGACGAUAAGCCUGAUUCUACAAAGUCUCGACAUGACGGCUGGGCCUCCAUCGAAUGGGUGGCUGAUUUCUCCACAAUAUUGGUGUCGGAUCGAAGAUGUCUGAUGCUUUAUCGACUUGUCGAUGGGCAAGUGGAAAGUGAUCUUGUUGAACUUGGAAUGACGAGGCAAUCUGAAUGGAUAUUGGAUGUUCAGAGGAGCACUCAAGUUGUCUCCCACUUCUUUGUUUUGACUACCUCACGGCUGCUGUGGUACGAUAUAGCCAGCUUCUCUUCGUCCGCAUAUGGAACGCGUGUGCCGCUACGUCCGCGUGUUACUUGGCUCCAUUAUCGUGAUCCAGAAGACACGACUUUGCAUCUGGGCGAUCUAAUGAUAGGGACCGUAGAUUUACAUUUGAUCCUCUAUUCCAGGCUUACUGAACUCGUUCAAACUUUUCCGUGCCCCUUUACUGCGGACGGCCUUACAGAAAUGAUCCCAUUGCCCGAUCCUUUCAUAUUGGAUGUACCGACAACAAUUCAGCCCUCAGUCACCGAAGAAGACAUUCCUGUUCACUACUCAACUUUGACUUUCCGUGAGAUUGAACACUCUUCCAUAAUUUAUGGCAAGCCAGAGAACGGUCCCACCAUCAAACUUGCGAAGCUCUUCUGGAUGGAUUCUGCACGUGCUGUACAUGAGAGCGUAUUCAAGCUUCCAGAUGGGCACGCCGAAGUGGAGGAGGAAAUGUUCCUUGAGACGAGCAAAGUCCUUCGCUUGAAGAAGCGUCAUCACAUUACCAGGAAGAAGUAUAAUGAUGUCGAUGAAGAUUUUAUCGUCGAUGAUUGGGAUGAAACAGUUGCGCCCCCGCUGGCUGCUGUUCAUCAAAAGCUCGCUAAGGACUCGGAGCCUGAUCUCCAAUGGACAUUGGACUUCACGUCAAUCUACGACUCCGCUGUAGCCAGAAUCACGGUCGGCAGAAGUCCAGAAAACGUCCAUUCUGUGGGGUCAACCUUUGAUCAUCUGAUCGAAAGGUUGAGUGAUCCAGUCAGUCAGUUGGAAUGGAAAGGUUCCGAGACAAUGCUCGAGCUAAAUCAAGGGCGUCCCGUUCUCGAAGACAUCGAUGAUACUGCGCACCGGCUCUCCGAGUUUGUUUCUGCCCUUUUUGCAGACCAUAGCAAGGCCCAGUCUCGCUAUCGGUACAUGGUUCUGCCCGGCAUAUUUUCAUCUGCCCUGCACGGCAUGCCGGUUCCCCAGCCGGAGGCGGACAUUUUGUCCUCGAUUGACUUUCUCAGCACAUAUGAUCGUCUUGUGGAGGAAUGGUUGAGCAGUAUUCCCCACGAAGUUCCUCAUUACACACGUGUGAUGAAAGAGCGCAUCGUCCGCGGACUUGCUCUUGAAGUUCUUCUGUCCCGUAUCAUUCGCGUCUCUAAUACGGCAGUGACGGCAGUGACCAAAGGGUUUGACGAGAUUGUGGAACCUUCAGCAAACGACCAACUGGAUGUCAAGGGUCUCACUUCAUCACAAAUAUUCACACCGACGUUACCUUCAUCUCAACUGCCUAGCAGUCAAAUCACCGCCUCGGCAGUGGCAAGCUCUCAGGUCUCAUCGGAUCAUAUCUCCAAACAAGCUCAGUCUCAUCAGUACACUGCAUUGUCGGCCUUUACCACAUUCAAAAAUCCACGUCCAAUGGCUCGCAAUGUCGCGAACUUGCUUUCUCAUUGGGAACCUGGCGCCGACCCCAACAAUUACGAUUGGCUAAGGAUCUCGGGCAGAAUUGACGCAGAAGAAGCACAUCGUCAAGGUGGACCAAUUCUACCUCGGCGAAGCCGGUCGCGCCGGAAAUCGCAGCAACCGGCCAUGUCCCAGGGCAUGAGUUUGCCCGAUACCCCUGUCGCGCCGUUCAUUCGAACUUGGGGCAGCCAACCUGCCGACCCUCUUUCAACAGCACCCGUUGCUAGCAGCCAACCGACUCUUGACGAGUUGCCGAUGACGCAAAUGGAGCGUGGGCAAUUUGGCGCGCGAGAAGUCAGGAAAACUCCCAAGCCAAAGAAAAAGCGACGGGCCGCAGGUUUUUAG